UGUUCGCACAUUUGCCUUCUUGUUCAUCACUGGGACAGUCCAAGCUGAACUUGGGUCUUCUCUGUCCUACAUCCAGCUCACUAAUUACACCAUCUGUGGAGUGUCGUUCCGUUCGUCUUACAGUCGCAGACUCUGUUUUCUGCUCACACCAACUAGUUUUCCAAGUUGGAGACUAGAUUUAACCGCUGGCUGACACACGGCGGAGAGGACGCACGGACCGUUUCUCAAACUUCUCAUCGUGUUUUGACGUGCGGACUUUACUUUGCWCUAAUCUUAUUUUAUUUUUGCCUUUAUUCUUUUGCCUCCUGCUUGUGAAGGAGGAGGAGGAGGAGGAGGUGGACUCGCUCCCACUCGCCGGUCCCUCUGGUUGUUCUUUGUACACAGCAGCUGUGUGUAAAUGCAGAGGAGCACAGCGGCCGCUGCUCUGUGAGGGACAGCUUYUUGGGCUCCGUCCAGUUUAUUCAGGCUUUCUGAGAAAUGAAGCGACUCAACUAAGGUGUAGGAGAAGGAUACCGAAACUUUAUCUGUGCCCGCUCUCCUUUUUUUUUUUUUUUUUUUUUUUUUUUGCUCACCGUAGUAUCUUUCCCCACCAACAAAGCUUGGCUCCGUUUCUUCUCCAUCCCUGUCGGAGCGCUUGGAUUGUAAAACAAACGGUGCUCCGAGCACAGCAGGCUACAGCUGCGCGUCUGCCCCCACACACCACCAUGGAUGUAAGGUUUUACCCGACUGCUGGGGGGAAUUCUAUCCCGGGAGAGCCACCCAACCUGGAUUUUGCCCACUGUUUGGGCUACUACAACUUCAAUAAGUUCCAGAAUAACAACAACUACAUGAACAUGGCUGAGGCAAAUGGUGCUCUGCUUGCUGCUGGCGAU